AGCCAUGCAGAGCACAGCGGUGCCGGAGCCAGGAGCGGCGGACAGCGCCCUGCCGUCCGUCGAAACAGCAUCUGGCAGAAGGAUCAGGCUUUUUAAACAGACUCUCAUUAUUAUGAGUGUCUGUCUGACCUUCACGGUGUUCGCUGUGUCCUCGGGAUGGAUCAACCCGGCCCUGUCUGACAUGAGUCGAGACCAGACCAAUGUUUACGGAACCGCUAUGAUCCUUGAACCUUGGGAAGCCGAUAUGCUGGGCAGCCUGGUGGCGGUGGGCAUGAUCCCAGGGGCAUGGCUGGGGGGAUGGAUGGGUACGAGGAUCGGGCGCCGCCACUCCCUUAUGAUCCUGCAGGUGCCCGUUGUCCUAGGCUGGAUCCUCAUUGCUCUCGCUUGUAAUCCUGUGAUGAUUCAUGUGGUUUCAAAAGUCUUUAUGCUUAUAUCUCAAAAACCAAAGGACUACAACAUUUCUCCCCAAUCUAACUGGAUCGCCACACCAGAAAUACUAACAAUUGCAACCAAAAAGACGCCCACGCCCCUCAACUCGGCCCUCAGCUGCAGGAGGGAGGAGGAGGAGCCAGAGGAGGAGGCCGAAGAGAACAAAGCAACGCAUCGCUACUUCCCUCCCGUGGUCGGAAAACUCAAGUAUCUGAAGGAGGUGCAGAACCGCGUCAGCAAUAAUAUAAAGUUGUUCUUCGAGCUAAAACAUCCCGUGGUGUCGAGCGAGGAGGGCGCGGCGCUGCUGAAGCAGUGGCAGGAGGUGGAGGCGGGCCUGGACGCGUCCAUGAGGACCGUGGUGGACGAGUGGAAGGUCAUCGCGUCCGCAGACUACACCGGCCCGCUGAGCCAGCCGCUGCUGCACCGCUGCCAGGACAACACGCUCGCCGUCAACUUCAGUCCCGAGCAGUUUACGUACCUUAGCCGUCUCGAUCUCCUGCUUGAGGAGCUCAAGCAAGUGCGGCAGACAGAUGGUGUAUUCCGCCUGGAUGAUCGGCCGCUCGAGGAUGCUUCCAAGCAGUUCAACCACCUGCCAUUGUAAGUGCAUGGGAGGGUUAAUGUUCAUAUAUUUGCAUGCAUUACCCCUUGAAUAUUAACUGGAAUA